AGUUCGAGUGCGAGUGCCGUACGGUUCGGACGUGUGGGCCACGCACAAUUCAAUUCGCAGAUCGCAGAGUUAAGCAAAUAAGAAUAUUGGAGAAAAUAAGAGAAACAGCCAUCAGAACAAGUGAAAGAGAAAUUAAACGAAUGCGCUGAAAAGGAAAAAAGUGAAAAAUACACCCAGUUUAAAUGUGCGCUUAGUGAAACAGUGGCCAGGAAAAAUGUCAAUUGACCAAGAGUGAAAAAUCCACACGAAAACCACGCGAACUACACCCCUUGAAGGUAUCUGCAAGAUACAGAUACCAUUGGCCCCCCAAGCACAACACCCAAAACCAUGGCGGCAAUCCUGCUGCUCCUGCUCGGGUUCUCCUGGAGUCUCGCGGUCGAGUCCGCACUGGCGCCCAAGGAGAGCGAAUCGAGUGCCAGCGCCAUGUUAGGCGCCGGAACAGGAGCCGCUGCCACAGUAUCGCUAUCAGGCGACUACUCCUCGCUGCUGUCCAAUGUGCCGGCCGCCUCGCCGGUUCCGGCCAAUCCAUCGCAACCCAGUGGCCCGGCCAACCAGUGCUCCUGGUCCUACAACGGCACCAGUUCGGUGCACUGCGCCCUGCGUCUCAUUGAGCGACAGCCGGGUCUGGAUCUCCAGGGCGCCGAUGGCAGUAGCCAGUUGACUAUUCAGUGCAGCGAGCUCUACCUCUUCGAAUCAACACUGCCCGUGGCAGUAUUUGCCAGGUUGCAGACCCUGGAGGCGCUGCGUCUGGACUCGUGCAAGCUGCUCCAGUUGCCCAACAAUGCCUUCGAGGGAUUGGCCACUCUGAAAUCCCUGCGCUUGAGCACCCACAACAGUGAAUGGGGUCCAACGAGGACCCUGGAGCUCUUCCCCGACUCUCUCGGUGGUCUGAAACAGCUCACCGAUCUGGAUCUGGGAGACAACAAUCUGAGACAGCUGCCCUCCGGCUUCCUCUGUCCGGUGGGCAACCUCCAGGUGCUCAAUCUCACCCGGAACCGCAUUCGCACUGCCGAGCAGAUGGGAUUCGCGGACAUGAACUGCGGCGCGGGUUCCGGAAGUGCUGGCAGUGAGCUGCAAGUCCUGGACGCCAGUCAUAAUGAAUUGAGAUCCAUAAGCGAAAGUUGGGGAAUUUCCCGACUCCGGAGAUUGCAGCACCUGAAUCUAGCAUACAAUAAUCUAUCGGAACUCUCUGGGGAGGCGCUAGCCGGACUAGCUUCUCUGAGGAUAGUCAACCUGAGUAAUAACCACCUGGAGACCCUUCCGGAAGGACUAUUUGCUGGUUCCAAGGAAUUAAGGGAGAUCCACCUGCAGCAGAACGAACUCUACGAGCUUCCCAAAGGACUGUUCCAUCGCCUGGAGCAACUUUUGGUAGUGGAUUUGUCCGGUAACCAGUUGACUUCCAACCACGUGGAUAACACCACCUUUGCCGGCCUUAUUCGACUCAUUGUGCUGAAUCUGGCCCAUAAUGCUUUGACUCGCAUUGAUUACCGCACUUUCAAGGAGCUUUACUUUCUUCAGAUCCUAAAUUUGCGGAAUAACUCCAUCGGUCACAUCGAGGAUAAUGCCUUCCUGCCGUUGUAUAAUCUGCACACCCUUAACCUUGCCGAGAAUCGCCUGCACACCUUGGAUGAUAAACUAUUCAAUGGGUUGUAUGUGCUGUCCAAGUUGACGCUCAACAAUAAUCUCAUUAGCGUGGUGGAGCCUGCUGUGUUCAAGAACUGCUCGGACUUGAAGGAGCUGGACCUGAGCUCUAACCAGCUAAAUGAGGUUCCUCGUGCCCUUCAGGAUUUGGCCAUGUUGCGCACUCUUGACCUGGGCGAGAAUCAAAUUCGUACCUUCGACAACCAGAGCUUCAAGAAUCUUCACCAGCUGACUGGUCUGCGGCUGAUAGACAACCAGAUUGGCAAUAUCACCGUGGGCAUGUUCCAGGAUUUGCCUAGGCUGAGUGUUUUGAACUUGGCCAAGAACCGCAUCCAGAGCAUAGAGCGGGGAUCAUUCGACAAAAACUUCGAAUUGGAGGCUAUUCGCCUGGACAGGAACUUCCUCGCGGACAUAAAUGGAGUUUUCGCUACUCUGGUUUCGCUGCUGUGGCUAAACCUUUCCGAGAACCACUUGGUGUGGUUCGAUUACGCAUUCAUCCCAUCGAACCUAAAAUGGCUUGAUAUCCAUGGAAACUAUAUUGAGGCCCUGGGUAACUACUAUAAGCUUCAGGAGGAGAUUCGAGUAAAAACGCUGGAUGCCUCGCACAAUCGCAUCACAGAAAUUGGACCUAUGUCGAUUCCAAACACAAUAGAACUGCUGUUCAUCAACAAUAAUCUCAUUGGAAAUGUGCAGCCCAAUGCCUUUGUGGAUAAAGCAAAUCUGGCCCGAGUCGAUCUGUAUGCCAAUCAGCUGAGUAAACUACAGUUGCAACAGUUGAGAGUGGCUCCAGUGGUGGCUCCCAAGCCGUUGCCAGAAUUUUACCUGGGUGGUAAUCCCUUCGAGUGCGACUGCACCAUGGACUGGCUGCAGAGGAUUAACAACUUGACCACCCGUCAGCAUCCUAGGGUGAUGGAUAUGGCCAACAUCGAAUGCGUGAUGCCUCACGCCCGUGGUGCUGCAGUGCGUCCUUUGAGUGGUCUGCGUCCGCAGGACUUCCUCUGCCGCUACGAGUCGCAUUGUUUCGCCUUAUGUCACUGCUGUGACUUUGAUGCCUGUGACUGCGAGAUGACGUGUCCGAGUAAUUGCACCUGCUACCACGACCAAAUCUGGUCCACCAAUGUUGUCGACUGUGGCGGCCAACAGACCACGGAGCUGCCACGGCGCGUUCCCAUGGAUUCCAGUGUGGUCUACCUGGAUGGAAACAACUUCCCUGUGCUGAAAAAUCAUGCAUUUAUUGGGCGCAAGAACCUGCGAGCUCUCUAUGUGAAUGGCAGCCAAGUGGCGGCCAUACAAAAUCGCACCUUUGCCAGCCUGGCCUCGUUGCAGUUGCUCCAUCUGGCCGAUAAUAAAUUGCGCACCCUUCAUGGCUACGAGUUUGAGCAGCUUUCUGCUCUGAGGGAACUGUAUCUGCAAAAUAAUCAACUGACGACCAUUGAAAACGCCACUCUGGCACCUUUGGCCGCCUUGGAGCUAAUCCGUAUUGAUGGCAACCGUCUGGUUACUCUUCCCAUUUGGCAGAUGCAUGCAACCCAUUUCGGCACAAGAUUAAAGUCCAUCAGCUUGGGCAGAAACCAAUGGAGCUGCAGAUGUCAGUUCUUGCAGGCCCUCACCUCGUAUGUGGCGGAUAAUGCCCUGAUUGUCCAGGAUGCCCAGGAUAUCUACUGCAUGGCCGCAAGUUCGGGAACUGGCAGUGCUGCACUGGAAGAUAGCAGCUCGAAUUCGGGAUCCCUUGAGAAGAGAGAGCUGGACUUUAACGCCACAGGUGCUGCCUGCACUGAUUACUACUCCGGUGGCUCCAUGCUGCAGCAUGGUAUCCCAGAAUCGUAUAUUCCCUUGCUGGCUGCUGCACUGGCUCUUCUCUUUCUGCUCGUGGUCAUCGCCAUGGUCUUUGCCUUCCGCGAAUCCCUAAGGAUCUGGCUGUUUGCCCAUUAUGGCGUUCGAGUAUUCGGUCCACGUUGCGAGGAGUCAGAGAAGCUCUACGAUGCCGUGCUCCUGCAUUCCGCCAAAGAUUCCGAGUUCGUAUGCCAGCACUUGGCCGCCCAGCUGGAAACCGGAAGACCUCCACUGAGGGUCUGUCUGCAGCACAGAGACCUGGCCCACGAUGCCACCCACUAUCAGCUAUUAGAGGCAACAAGGGUCUCCCGCCGAGUGGUCAUUCUGCUCACCCGGAACUUCCUUCAAACGGAGUGGGCCCGCUGUGAGCUUCGACGAUCCGUUCAUGAUGCUCUGCGUGGAAGACCUCAGAAACUGGUGAUCAUUGAAGAGCCCGAGGUCGCCUUCGAGGCGGAGAGCGAUAUUGAACUCCUGCCCUAUUUGAAAACAUCAGCGGUUCAUAGAAUUCGCCGCUCGGAUCGCCACUUCUGGGAGAAAUUGCGCUACGCACUGCCCGUGGACUAUCCCACAUUCCGGGGCAACAACUACACGCUGGAGCUGGACCAUCACAACCACGAGCGGGUGAAACAGCCGGCAAGUCCUGGGCUGCUUUAUCGCCAAGCUCCGCCACCCGCCUACUGUGGCCCAGCGGAUGCAGUUGGAAUUGGUGCUGUUCCACAAGUUGUACCAGUAAAUGCCUCUGUUCCCGCGGAACAGAACUACUCCACGGCCACCACGGCUACGCCCAGUCCAAGGCCACAGAGAAGAGGAGAGCAGCCGGGAUCUGGAUCAGGUGGAAACCAUCACCUGCACGCCCAGUACUACCAGCAUCACGGGAUGCGUCCGCCAUCGGAGCACAUCUACUCCAGCAUCGAUUCGGACUACUCGACCCUGGAUAACGAGCAGCACAUGCUGAUGAUGCCGGGUGCACCGGGUGGGCUUGCCAUGGAAGCGGCCCAGAGGGCCCAGACCUGGCGACCCAAGCGGGAGCAGCUGCAUCUUCAGCAGGCCCAGGCCGGAACACUGGGCUCUAAAGCGAGCCAGGCCGCCCAUCAGCAGCAGCAACAACAGCAGCAGCAGCAGCAGCAGCAACCAAAUCCGACAGCCGUGUCCGGACAACAGCAGGGACCCCAUGUUCAGGCGUAUCUGGUGUAAAGAGGCGUGGGCCAAAACCGACCGCUUUCUGGGAGAGUGACAGUGAUUUCUUUAGGGACUGGUUCCUGUGCAUAAUUUUAAUUACUAAAAUAUAUGUGCGAGUUAAGCUAAGGAGGGGGGACAGCAAAAUAGAAAUGCGGAAGUUGAAACUAGCCAGCCAGAUUUUAACGUAUAUUAUUUUGUUUAUCCAGUGUAAAGUCAUUUUAGAUGCACUAAACAAACACAGCGCACACAGCCCCAAGGAACGAGAUACAAGAUACAAGAUACAUAUGCAGUGGGCCGAGGGCCUCGGCCAUGUCAAGUGUGUGUAUCCAAAAACAGUAGGGGGACAAUGAGAGCAGGGAUGUUACUUACUACAAUGCCAUUUCAAAGUUUCGAAACUUUACCACACCAAACUUAGUUUUCUCCCUCACAUGAGCACGAACUUUUGGUCUUCAUCUGGCAUUUGCUUAGCCGAGAAUUGCCCGAGGGGGGAAUUUGUGAUAACUUUUUAAUAUGGUUUUAAUCAGUUGGACUCCAGAACCUUGAGUAUAAAGAUUCCCGAGUUGAGAUGGAGUUUCCAUGGGCGAGCUGCAUUUGCAUUCCCAAAUUGAUUGUUCAAUAAUUGACUUGGUAAUGGCCAUUAACCCGGAAUAGCUACCCAUGUAUGUAUCCGCGCAUCUCCAGCAUCCUGCAUCCAUUUGUAAAUAGCUCUCAAUACCGUAUUUACUGCCCAAACAUAGAUAUACACAGAUGCAGAUACAUCCACAGAUACAGAUACACCUUUAAACAGUUACAGAUACGAAUUCGAAACCAUAUGGGGAUAAUUCAAUAAUCACAUUCGAGUACACAUGUAAAUUGCAUGCCGCAGCCGUAAAAUCGAUAAAUGCAUUUGUCAAGUAAUCUGUAUGUAAAAAGCAUAAAUAAUUAGCUAGCAAACCGAGAGCCCGGGAAGAUUUCCCGUGGUUAACUACAUCGUAAUAAUGAUAAUAUGCAGAUGGUAUUUGGGCGGUGGAGUAACAAAAUCCGAAACAGAAAAGCUCAUUUUAAACACUUACGCUUACCAAAACUAACGAUAAUUGUAAUAAAAGUUUAGCAAACUGGCGCGGCGCAUACACAAUAUGCAUAGCUAAUUAUAUAUAGUACAUACGUAUAUUCAUGGAUAUAUCAAUGUGCGUGUCUGCAUGUACGUGACUGUGUAAAGUAAAGCAAACUACUGAUAUUAAAGAACUACUAUGUAUGAGGUAUACUUUAUAUAUAUCUACAUAUAUGUAUGCUCGCAAGUACGCAUAUAUCUACGCAUAUAUUAUACGAGUAAAUGUUUAACAACUGCCUAUAGAAAGUACGAAACAGAAGAGCAUUUAUUUCAGCACACAACACUUACACACACACACACACUCGCCUACUCGUCAUUAAUUAAGCAAAUCAGUUUGAAACUAUUGAGAUUUAGAAAAAGGGGUAUGAAAUUAAAAUGGAGCCCCUCACACAAGACACUUGUACCAGUAUAUGAAACCCAAAACUGUUAUUUAAUUUUAUCAUUUUGUAAUAUACGUCGAUCGGUCCUAAGUUUAGUUCUAGUGCAGCUCUAAUAUAAUGUAUAACCUAUGGAUAAUUCAAUUUUGUGAAUACAACUAUUUAUAUACUCUAUAUAUACAUCUAAAAAUCUAUGUACGAUUACGACAAACAACAAAGAUAUUUUUCUGUUUCGCCAGCGAACAAUGCAAAUGAAAUGAACAACUUUUUUAAAAC